AUGAUAAAGAUAGGAUUGACAGGAGGAAUUGCAUCUGGUAAAUCAACAGUACUCAAAUAUCUAACAGAGUUGGGCGCAAAGUGUAUAGAUGCAGACAAGAUAGGUCAUGCCGUCUACAAAAAGGGUGAACCUGCACACUCAAAGUUGAUCGAGGCAUUCGGACAAUCGAUUGUAGCGGCCGACGGUGAAAUCGAUCGUCGUAGUCUGGGUCCGAUCGUAUUCGCAGACAAACAGAAUAUGAAUACUCUAUGUUCUAUCGUUUGGCCAGAGAUGAAAGUGUUGAUUGAGAAAGAGUUUCAAGAGUCGCUGUCUCGCAAGGAGAAGGUCGUUGUAUUGGAAGCGGCGGUGUUGAUCGAAGCUGGAUUCCUCGAUAUUGUCGAUCGUGUAUGGGUUACCUCCAUCGAUAGAAAGGUUGCAAUCUCCAGACUGUCAGCACGUAACGGUCUCUCAGAGGAAGAGGCAAUCAAGCGAAUCGAUUCACAACUGACCAACCAGGAGAGAGAGAAAUAUGCAGAUGUCGUUUUCGAUACUACCGGUGACUAUGAAAUAACAAAGAACAAAGUUAUCACAGAAUAUAAUAAAUUGAUAUCAAAUUAA